AAAACAAUGUCGCCACAAACAAAAAAUAACACAGAAUACAAACUUCAACGAAUUCUUGAUUAUAACCAAAAUCUUCGACAACAAUUAGAUUUACCUCGCGUAAAGGUGUCAUAUGCUAGCUCAUU